AUGUCUCGUACUAUAUUGGUCUGCGGCGCAACGGGGAAACAAGGCGGAGCCGUCAUCAACCGCCUCAUCGAACAGAAUGCCGACUUCCAGAUCCUUGCAGUCACGCGGGACGCAAACUCCAGGUCUGCGCAGCAGCUCUUGAAGAAGUCGCCCAACAUCCGACUAGUUCAGGGCAACCUGGCCGAUCCGAGUGCGCUCCUGAAGACCGCCGCGGAAGUAGCCGGGUCCCCAAUCUGGGGCGUCUUCAGCGUUCAGGUCGCCAUGGGCUUCGGGCAGGGCGCAGGCGGCGAGCUGGCUCAAGGCAAAGCUCUCAUCGACGCAUCUCUCAAGGCCGACGUCAGAUUCUUUGUCUACACCUCUGUCGAUAGACACGGCGCGGACAACCCCACCAAGGUCCCCCAUUUCAUCCACAAGCACCAGAUCGAACAGCAUCUCUUCAGCAAGACCAAGGGCACCGAUAUGGAAUGGGUCGUGCUCAGGCCGGUCGCCUUCAUGGAGAACCUCACGGACGACUUCAUGGGGAAGGUCUUCACCACGUCGUGGAAGAUGGCCGUCAAAGAGAAGCCGCUGCAGCUCGUCGCGGUCAGCGACGUUGGCUACUUUGGCGCCGAGGCGUUUCUGCACCCCGAGAAGUACCGGGGCCGUGGGAUCUCGCUCGCCGGGGACGAGUUGACCAUCGAGCAGUUCGCCGCGGUGUUUCAUAAGCAUACCGGCAAGGAGUUGCCUGGCACUUACAGGAUCCUCUGCUGGCUAAUCAUGUCGAUGGUCAAGGACUUUGGGUGGAUGUUCAAGUGGUUCUACGAUGUGGGGUAUGCCGCCGACAUCCAAGAGCUGAGGAGGGAGUAUCCCGGGUUGAAGGAUUUCGAAACCUGGCUGCGGACGGAAAGUAAUUUUGCAAAGUGA